GUUUAAAUUUGAUUUUUCGAGGAGCGCCUGAAUUCUCAAGUUGUUGAAUUGAUUCGUAUUGUUUGUUUUAAUUAAAUUCCACCCUCACCGUGCUGCUGUUGACGCUUUACAUUUCAAAGAAAACUUUCCCUGUACAGUACCUCUCGAUGGAAACGAUGGAAGAGUUUGACCGAGAGUGCCCCAUGAUCAAGACGUUUUGCCAGCUGCUUUCGCAGGACGAGUUUGAGGAGCAAGCCCUGUCCUACACCGAGCGGGCCCUGCUGGACCUGUUUCGCACCAUGGACCAGAACCCCGAGCUGUACGAGCGGGUGAUCCGGAAGAGGAAACAGGGCGAGCUCGAGAAGGCCAGCGUCGGCUCCUGUUUAAAGGCAAAGUUCUUCACCGCAGUGGAGGGCCAGAUGAACCGCUGCAACGCUGUGGGGGCUGCUGAGCUGAGACAAAGGGUGGGGCAUCUCAAGGAGGAGAUGAAGAAGGUGCAGGCCUACGCUCAAGAAGCGAAAUGUGCAGCGAAGAGAACCUCAAAGCGUUUGGCUGAAAGGAGACAGAAAACCCCAGAUGAAUGUGAUGGAGACGAGCAAGCCCCGCCCCUCUGCGUGGGGCCUCCCCCCUCAGCCCCGCCCCCUCCUCCACCUCUACCCCCCAGCACUGCGCUGCCUGAAGCACAGACUCCGCUGAAGGACAGGACCAAUCACAGGAAGAGCCAGUUUCAGAUGGUUGCAACCCCUGAUCUGUUGAACAGUUAUGGACUCUCGAGACUGAACCGACGUUGCAGCAGCUCAGUGGACCUGACGGCUCUCUCAGAAUCUGAACCCGAGAGUUCUUCCAAUCCACACCACAACAUCCAGUACGAGCUGCUGGCCAGCAUCCCCCUGAAGAGACUCCGUGCCACCGGGAUUGUGAGAUCCCCAGGAGGCACUCCAUUGAAUACCCCCAGAAAGAGCCAGCCGAAGAGCGGAGAGGAGAGUUCCCCAGCCUCCGCGUUCAACACCGCGCUGAUCACCAAGUUCCGCAACGCUCUGAGUCCGCCGGGAACGUCUUCACUCGACUCUCCAGAGCGCAGCGACAGCGACGCAGACAGCUCGGGGUUCGCCACGCCCCACGGGACUCCGUGACGAGCCCCCGGGGAGUUUCUGUCUGCAUCUUAAACCUUGUUUUAACAGAUGCUUUAUUACUUCAGUCAAUCCAUAUUCUUUCUGAUCCUGUGCUAAAGCAGUUUCUUCUCAGUAACUUCAAUUGCACUCAAUCACUGAUUGUUUGAUAAGGUAAAACUUACUUUCACCCCCAAGUCCAGCAGGCAGACGUUUUGCCUGUUAAACUUCGCACUAUUACUCAGUGCACUGUUGUCUUUUUCACUGUUCUUUAAAGAGUUUGAUCACAACUCUCUUGUAACUUUUUACAGUUCCCAAAAGAUUUUGGGAGUGUUUUAUGCAAUGAUGAAUGAAUUUUUACCAAAGCACCUGUUUUAUCACCAGAUACUGUACCAAAAAGCAUGCUUUUCAAACCAAGUAUUCUAAGGGAGUUGUUUGAAAGGUGUGACUGUAUAUCAUUAAGCAUGUGUGAAGAAUCUGCUGCUGUGCCAUUGAUGUGUCCUUUAUGAUUGUGUGCUUUCAGCUGUUAACCGAAGGCUCAGAAUCUAGAGCCAGGCUGCCUCAUUUCACAGUAGACUGAGCCGCAGGAGAGAUGAUUAAAAUGAAGAUCUGAUCAAUAAACACAAGCGGUUCAACACUGUGUAAUGAUACAAAAAGACAAUCAUUCAACAUUAGGUAAAUGAAAUCGUCUCGGUACCUUGCACAAUGCUCAGCAUUUCAAUCAUUCAGCUUAUUCAGCCAUGUUGACAGUAAAUUGUAAAAGUCCUACAUUCUCCUGUCUGAGGGAUCUUCACAAAUGCAUGUUUUCAAUAUUUCACUAAAGUGAGAAAGUGAGAUAACGAGGAAGCACUGAACUGAAUCUAAAAUCAUAACAAUAUGACAGUUCCCAAGAAUGCGGAGUGGAGUUCUGUUUCCUCACAGCCUUCAGUGCAGACAGUCGAGAUCUGAGCCUGCAGGCUUCUCUGCAGCUACAGUACGAUACAUAUCGUACAAUACUGUAUGCAUUACAAUUCAAUUCACUAUGACUCUAUAUUCUCAUUCUUUGUCUAUACCAAAUGUAUUAAUGAAAAGUUUCUUUGUAUUAAAAUGCAACUUGUUUUUACAAUCUGCAUGUACUGAUCUUUCUUUAUGAAGCAAG